GUCGACUGUUUGGCGUUUGAUUGAACGAUUUCGAGCCGCACGUCAGCGCGAAAACCGGCGCCGUGCAACAAGUUGUCGCGCUUGUCUCCCCAGUGUGUGUUGUGUCUAGCCGCCCACUUUCUCCACGAGAGCGAGGCGUCGCCGGUCUGUUUGGUGAUAAAACUGGCCAUGAGAUGACCGGAGCACGAUAAAAAAGGCCCUUUUACCGACGUUGGCCGCGCCGAUUGCGCUGUCGUCUGAGAGGCGAGCGUUUGUGUGCAUUUUGGCACACGCCGGUUGAACCGCAGCUGCUUCGUCGUUGGCCUUGUAGCGACUCGAGAGAGCCUAACGCAACCGUCUCGGUUUGAAGGUGUCGUGAAUACGGACGUCGCGACUGCAUAAGAUGCCGACGUCAAAGGUCGCCAAGCAUCAGCUCCACUGCCCGAGCCUGGAAGACGUCGCCAAAGUUUUGAACGAUGGACUUAAGAGCACGUUCGAGCAUGUCGAAGUUUCUGUCGUCGACUGCCCGGACCUGAAGGAAAAGCCGUUCAUGCUUGCUUCCGAAGGUAUAUGUGGCAAGCCCUGCUUAGCAGAUGUCGGUGGUGUCCCUUACUUAGUUCCCAUUGUGCAAAAAGACAAGAUCUACAAUUUAGAACAAGUCGUGAAGCAGACAAACGUUCCUGACCCACUUGUCAUCGGUGCCGGUGCAGGUCCGUUCAAUGUGGUCGGUGUCAACAGCGAGAUGAUGCAUAACAUGAAGUAUGGAAAUAAACCGUUCAACAACAGUCACUACGCAAUAAUUAACGAGGAUGGUUCCUAUGAGCUGGGUCGAUUUACAACUUCAUGCUGUGAGUUUGGCCUUAUGGCUAAUCUGAUGAUCUCCGAAGGAAAGCCAGGAAAGGUAAUCCGUGUGAGUGCAAAGAAGCGCAUGGGCGCGGACAAUUUUGUGACUGCCAUGCGAAAAGCACUUGCAGCUCAUUACGGUUCCAAUCCAGUGGGUCUCGGCGGUGCUUUCUUGCUUGCUAAAGGCAAAGCCAAGCUCCAUGUCAUGCCAAAGUUUUCCACAGCACCACUGCUGACGAAUGAGGCCAUGAACAGCUGGCUUAAGUUCUUUGAGAUGGAUGCACCCCUGGUAUGCUUGAGUGUGUUUGUCUCCCAUGACCCGGGUUGGGAUCUUCGCAUAGAGCACACCCACUGCUUUAGUGACCACAAGCAAGGCGGACACUACCAUUACGACACUACACCUGAAGAGGUCGAAUACUUAGGCUACUUUAAUGUGGCAGAGUGCAUGUUUCGGAUUGACGCACCCGUGUCGACGCACCAGAUAGGCAGGGACUGAUGUGUUUUUUGUUUGAAGUGAUUUUCUUCUCUUGAGAACUUUAAGAAGUAUUAUGGGAGGCCAUUUGAAAAGAAAAGGCGUAGCUGUUGUCUCUAAUCAAUUAAGUUGAACGUCAGCAUAACGAAUAGAUAUAAUUACUGAAUAUAACGAAGUACAUAAAAAAAUGUCUUGCCACUAUUGCAGUGUAACUAACACACUUAUAAUGAACAUUGCAUAUAAGAAAGCUAUUUUUGUGUCAGACGUGACUUUGUUACACCAAGGUUUACUGACUGUGUCACGUGGGCAGUGUUGAUCCUAAUCGUAGUCAACUGUCAUUAGAGUAUGUGAGCUUAACUAAAGUACAAUAUUUUUGUUGGUACAGCAGAAUAGAAGCUGUGAAUGCUUGAGAAUGAUGCAUAGAAAAGCCUCACAUGUGUAGAAGUAUGAUCCACAUUAAUUCGAGCUUAGUCAACACUGCCGCUAUGUCGUGAACCUAUAGUCAUUGCACUAAUAAGUGUCAAAGUAAUCUUCAGAAGCGUUUAUUGAAAUUUAGCAUAACAAAAUUUACCGUAGCUAGUGACAAAUCAAGAGUGCAAGUAAAGCCUACACAACGAAACGUGCACCUUCAUUGCUCCAGGCAUGCUCACUUUCUUGGAGACAUUUGACUUUGCACGGUUGUGUGUAGGCCAAGCGCUCGGAGAGAAUUGGUAGGUGUAGGUGCGUACAGAAGCAGCUUGCUGCCUAAACUGCGUGCAGGUGAAAUCGGGGACAUUGCAAUGCUUCAGGCUUUUCAUUGGUGGCCCCGUAAGGUUCUGUAAAGGCCACUGGGCACACCUUAGCCCACCACAGCCUUGAUGAAAUAAUUGAGCAUCUGCUGCUGCUGUGGGAGGCAGAGAAUUACUGCCUCCGGGUACCUACCGGUAAAAUGGGUACAAGCAUGCUUCUGGUUUGGUGCUUGGCAUAACGAAGUACAUAUUCACUUGGGAGGGCACCCACCCUGUGGGAUAUUUGGUGGCAUGGGACUGCCAGACCUAAGCAUGAGGUCAUCCUCUUUUUUUCUUUAGGAUCUUAACUAAAAAGUUAGAAGAUUUAUCAUGAUAAGUAUUUACUAGUACCCCUUAAGAAACCUGCUGGUCAAACUUAUCUCGGAGCCCUCCAUUGUGGCAUCCUGUACAUCUACAGGGAUGCUUCGGGAUGUUUAACACCAACAGCAAUAAUAAUCACUACCACCAGAAUGAGGAAGGUGAUAUCAUGGCAGUGCCUUGUUAAUGCAAAGCAAGUGCUAUGGUUGUCAGGGAGAACGAAAAAGAUGGGAAAAUUAGUCAAGGUUGUGUGUGCCAGUGACUAUGACUAUUUAUUCACUGUGCUACAUUACUGGCCUAUCAGUGUCGCAGAGUGGCAUUUGCCAAAAAGUGGAGUUUCGAGUGGAAUUAUGCAAGUACAGCACAUUGUUCAAUGCCUCAACACUUCUAGAUGGGCGCCGCCUCAUAUGAAGUGCCUUUCUUAACAUAUCACUUUUUGACAUCUGAGGUGUGGUCUGCAUAAUGUCCGGCCUCACUUUAAACAGUGUGGUUUACUGCAGGGACAUAGUUUUGAAAACUAUUUUGUUGCUGCUGAGUUAAAAACAGUUUCUAAUCUACCUAAUACAAAUUGCUUGUAAUGUUCUUACUGUGGAGAUUGAAGAUAUGCUAUCCAUUACGCCAUUAUAGUUGCAAAAUUGGCCGAAUUGGCAAGGAUAUUUCAUGUUGCUAUGCUGAUAAAAUCUGUUGCACAGAAAUAAAUCAGCGGUGUUGUAUCAUACGUCCGUACCCGGGUUACUAAACUCUUCCUGUGAUUCGUGAUAAUCUAUAAUCUAUGCUAAGUAAUGUUCUAAUGAGAGUAUUGCUGAUCUGUAAAUUGGAGCUACUGUUGUGCCACUUCAUUUGCGAGUGCCAAAAUUUCAAAUUGGGUAGUCUGGUUUAUGUGUUAAAUUAUCAUCUCAUGGCAGUUCAGGUACAGAUAUUCAAAGUGCUGUUAACCUUGUAGAGCUUACUGACAUAUCAUCAAUUUAAUACAAGCAAAUUUUAUUUGAUGCUUUGACAACAUAUGCACGUGAACUCAACCAUGAUGGCGGUUGGAUCCUGCUGGGAACUUUGUCUCUGACAUUAUCAUACUUGAUGAAUAGGAGGUCCUCCUUAAUUAUAUCCAUUUCAGAAGGUGGAAAUAGGGUCCAAAAUUUAGUGUAGUAGGUACGCACUAUGUUUUGUACUGGAUGUUCUAGCUGUUGUAGUAACUUCACUGGUGCCUGCGUUGCAAAGCAUAAAAUGGCCGUAAAGCAUUCUGCUUUGACCUGUUCAAAAUUUUGUCGCUAAAUUGCUAAAGCUGUAAUCAGCCAUUGGCUCAUUCUAUAUCGUGUAAUAGGACUUGUUCGAUAGUUCAUUUCUAGAACUGAAGAUGCAGUAAUUAUAUUGUGGUUACUUAAAUUGCAUGCAUUCUGUGUAAAGUACUGCAUCUGUUUCAUCUCAUUCACAACAGUGACUUGAGCAGAAUGCAACAGCAUCACUGUCAGUAUUUACAAGUAACUUGUUCAAGUGGAGGGCAGAGUAAGAAAUGUAGCACUGCUCACCUGCAAUGAGCUUCUUUUAUAUGUUCAGAAGAUAACCUGUAACAGCGUUUUCACCUUAUUAUUCCAACUUUAAUGUUUUUGACCUUUUUUUUUUUAACUUUGCCAUUCAUUGUACCUUGAUAUACCUGGCCUUUCUUUGCCUAAUUUGCGUAUGCUUACAGAGACUCUAUGCUAUAUUCUGGGUUUCUUUCUCUAUCCUGCCCUUGUGCUAGUAUGGGUAAAAAUGAGUUCCGAUAUAUUUGCUAAACUGUCCAUCAUUUUAUCAACCAUGACUGCUUCAGGGCAGUUUUAAAAAUGCUCGAGCUUGUGAUGAUAUGCCUUACGGAAAUUGCCUAGAAAACGAGCUUGCUAAACCAUCAACUGCAUGAGGUAAAUUACUGCACAAAAGCUUUUCUGUAAGUAGACGCAUAUUUUUGUCGUUGGCAAUUGCACUUGCAGCAUUUUGCCAAUACUUCUUUCUUGCCUUUUCUCUGGGACUCAAUGCUUAGUCAUAUUGUUUGCCGCAUGUGUAAAAGGUUAUAAAAGAACUGCACUCCAACUGUAAAAUGAGUGACUUUGCUGUAACUGUUAACUUGUAAUAAAUGAGUGAUGUAGUAGUUGUAUUUGGAGCUUGCUGAAACAAAGUAUUGCCUGUAGUGAUUGUUAGAUUCACCAUUGCCGUGAAAGCUCCGUGCAACUGCAUUAUUACUUUUACCUUUUUUACAAUGUGCUAUACAAUUUUUUUUGGAGAUAUGGUAUCACUUCUGAAUGAUACUCAUCUGUGAAAUAAACCAUGACAGCCCAAUACAAUGGAAUAAAUUUAUUGCACAGUGUG